GGAUCUCCCGCUGUGGCCCAGGAGAGAGUGCCCCGGGUCGGAGGUAUUGUGUACACCAGUCACCAGGCGCUCGUGUUCACCUUCAAUUUUAAUCAAUUUUUUUUUUAACUAUGUUGAGAAGCAUCAUAAUUUUAAUUAUAGUUGGACUGUGGCUGUCAGUGACAGCGUCACUGACACCGCUUAAGGAACUCACUGAUGAUAAUGGUGCCUGGUUAGCAGAUGACACUUGGGACUACGGGCCGGAUGUUGGACAAGACAAGACCAAUGUACAUGAAGGUACAUUCUGGCAGAUCACAGACAUCCACUGGGAUCAACAGUACAGCGAAUUUGGGGAUGCAUCCAAAAUGUGCCAUGAAAAUUAUUCUUCUAUAGAACACAAUGGAAUUUAUGGCAAUUACUUGUGUGAUUCUCCUUGGCCACUAGUCAAGAAUGCCAUAAACACUAUGGCUGAAAUUAAUAAUAAGCCAGAUUUUAUUUUAUGGACAGGGGAUAAUGUUCCUCACACGAAUGAUCCAGAACCAAACUUCACAGUAAUAUUCAACACAAUCAGUAAUAUAACUGGAGAGCUGCGCACUACAUUUCAGGAUUCUGUUCCAAUCCUUCCAGUUCUAGGCAAUCAUGAUGCUUUUCCUAAGGACUAUUUUCCGGUUGCGGGAGAAGAGUUUUAUGGAGAGUACUUAACAAAAGGAGGCUGGUCAUCUGUGCUGCCCAAGAGUGCACAACUGGAGUUCAGGCAGGGAGGUUACUAUGGAUAUGAACUUCCCACGGGUGUUACUGUGUUAGUGCUGAACACCAACCUAUAUUAUGCCCCUAAUGCACUUGGUGUAAACGCAAGUGACCCUUGUGGACAGUUUGCAUGGUUAAGGAAAAGACUGCAGCAAGUUCAGGAUAACAACUCCAUGGUGAUCAUUUCUGCCCAUGCCCCUCCUGGGUAUUUUGAAAGAUUUGCUGAAGAACCAUUUUUUAAUGCCACGUACAAUGAUGCCUAUGUUGAUCUCCUGAAUGAAUUUGGUGGAAUAAUUAUGGCUCAAAUUUAUGGUCAUGAGCAUACAGACAGCUUCAGGCUGUUCCAGACUGCUAAAGGUGAUACACAAAGUGUAGCUUUCAUAGCUCCAUCAGUGACACCCUGGUAUCCGGCUCCCGUCAGAGGUGGAACAGCAGUCAAUCCUUCUCUUCGACUCUACUUUUACAAUAAGACAGCACUUUUGGAUUAUGCCCAAUACCAUCUCAACUUGACCAGAGCAAAUGGUCCCUAUUCUGAUAAUGUUUAUAGAGACCAAGACAUCUUUGUAUUAAACAAUGUCUCUGUGAAAUAUACUGGGCUGGAAAGGCCUGUGUGGGAACUUUAUUACCAAGCAACAGAAGCUUAUGGGUUAAAGAGUCUUGAUGUUGUUAAUAUGAAAAAUCUCUAUGAACAGCUUCAGUUAGAUGAUGACUUAUUUCAGAAAUACUACUUAAGGAAUUCUGCUGGAUUUAAUAAUGGGCUGUGUGAUGUGACUUGUAAAAAGCAUCAUGCAUGUGCUAUAGCAAAUAUUAAAAUCAAAGAUUUGAAUAAGUGCAUGGGAUACCACCAUUUUCAGGGUUACAGAGGACGAUUUAAGCCAUCAAAGUUCCACAAGGAAUUUCCAAUAUUUAUAAAAGAGGAUGGGUUCCCUGUAAACUUUCACAGUACAUCUAGUUCUCCUCUAGUCAUUGCAAUUAUUGUUUUAAGCAUGAGCUUAACUACAGUCUUAGCUGUUAUUUUGGCUGUCAUGUUAAUUGCAAUAACAAUUAAGAGGAAUAAGAUACUAAGAAAAGAAAGAAGCCUGCCAGUAGUAGACCUUACAUGGGGCCGACGGCAGCAAAACUACAAGCAGAUUCCUUAGGGAAAAAACUAGAUAUUCAGGAAGUCACUAGAUCAAGGUGGUUUCCCAAUUUAUCAGUUAUGUCUGUCCAUGAAGCUAUUUAUUGCUGAAGGACCCAUGUAAUUUCUUCUGUUCUCAUUGGUCUUUCACUAAAUAAGCAAUCUCAUUUGUAUCUAAUAGUCUGUUGGUGUUUUUUGUCCAGUGUAUUCCCUUGUAAAACGGGCCAUUCAGGGUUUGAAAAUCCUUGACAAAAUCAGAAAGUGAUUGCAUGUCGGAAGUUUAAAAAAAAACCACUCCCAGACCUUUAAUCAGUAUACUGUACUGUAUAACACUGAAAUUGUAUUAGCAAAUACAGUAUAGUACACAGCAUAGAAAUUUAAAUUUGGGUGAUCAAUAGGAGAUUGAGAAAAGGUCUUUUAUAUUGAAAGACUUCUGACAAAAGCAGAGGACAUAGCAGCACUGAAUUUUGCAGUUUUAUAAAAUACUGUAUCCUUUAGUGCAGUAUCAGAUCAAGAAUUAUGUCAAAAAUUGCAUGCCACACAGAUAAUGUGCUUAUAUGUUAAUCCUAGAAUAUAGCUUAAUGCUGUCUCACAUUUCCACUCUAAAAUAAUUACUGGUGUAAUACAGUAUGUGGAACAAACUGCUUCCUUGUGUGUUUCUCGACAUAUUUGAUCUCCAGUGCUUCAAGAAGCAUAUGUGGAGAUAUUUUUUAUGGGAAUGCAUCACUCCAUUGAAUUAUACCCAAGCAAAUGUAUUUCAUAUAUUUAGUAAAUCAUGUGGGGUAUUUUCAAGAUACAGUAUCAUCCAAAAGGUUAUGUAUGUGCUCUUGAUUAUAAGAAUACAGUUGCCAUAACUGUCACCUUGUAACCUGUGAUGGGGAUAUGUAAUUAAAAGACAAGAGAUUGCUUCAAGUCAGGUGGCUGGAGGUGCUUUAGUGUUAAUUUCUCCACAGAUUUGAGCAUAAUGUAUUGUAAUUUCAUCACCAUUAAUAUUAAACUUUAAAUGCAUGUAUGUAUAUGUAAUCUGUGUACUAUAUGUAUGUAUAUAUAUAUUUGGUUCAUGGUUGUGCAUUAAUAUAGUAUGCAUUAGAGUAAGAUUCAGUAAUUUAAAAGUACAGCAUUUAAUAUACAGAGCAGUAUAGUACAGUAUGUACAUCUCGGUUUUCUUUACAGUUGGAUGAUUCAGACAAAACACAAUCUACAAAAUGUUACAUGGUUAUACACAAUGAUUUGAAUAACCCUAAAAAAUGUUAUGCCCCAAAUGCAAGAAAUGCUAUCCAUGUAGUCUUGCAUUAGGAAGUAACUGGGUGCUCCAGUCAGAAAGGAACUUUUCAUAUACUUCACUGCACACUCAAAUCACAAUUUCUUCAUUUGAUUUUAGUACAAAAAUGUGUGCAAAUACAAUUCUCAUAUUUUCCACUUUUUUGUUUUUUUUUUAUAGAAAAGCAAAUAAAAAAUGCUUAGUUAUACAGACUAUCAAAAUUAAACUGUACAGUUGAGGAAAUUAUAAUGCAUUUACAAUUUUUAAAAUGACCCUCAGGUCAUUUUUACAAAUACCUGUACACUGAAGUACUUAUACAUAAUUUACAAUUUCAUAUGUAACUACAGUAUUUUAACUAAUAUAUACAAUAUUUUGUGUGUGAAAUUAUAACCAGCUGCUGCUGUUACCUACAUGGUGCACCUCCUUAAUUCCAAACACACUCAAGGAAACACAUCCACUUCAUAAACUAUUUUGGUCGAUCAGAUAUUGCAUCUUCAACAUGAAGCCCAAGGCUUCCAUUUCCCAGUAAGGCCACUAGCAAUAGUGGCUGGUAAUUACAGAAUUGUAUUUUUGUAAUAAUUUGCACUGAAAUUCUAGCUCCAGCUGUGGCUCCUUAUACAUAGCAUCAGCUUAAUCCCCUUAACUGCACAGGCUAUCUUAAUGCAUUGUCUGUCAUGUCCUUGAUUUUUUAUAUUACAGUAUUAUUAUUAUUAUUAUUUUUACAUUUUAAUUCAGUUUGCCUGGAUGAUAAUUAACAAAGUCUCUAUGAUCAUGGUUUAGCUGUAGUGACCGAGGGAAGUUGUGAGGCUUGAGGUGAGAACAUGGGAAUAAUUUUGUCCGUUUACUUUCAUUUUAUUUAUUUAAUGUUUAGUACCUACAUGUUGUACUGUAUUAAUUUGUCAGUAAUGGCAUUCAUUAUGUACAGCUUUGGAAAGAUAUGUAUGUUCAGAUUAUGUGUAUAAAUAUAUGCACACCCUCUAUUUAUUCAUACCAAUAUUAUAUACAAUACAUAUAUAUAUUAUAUUUAUAAUUACACAGCACACAUUUUGCAUGCAAAUAUAUAAACUUGUACUGUACAUGGAUAUCACUGAUUUGCUGCUGUUAAAAGUUCACUGGUUCCUAGCAUGGCCGCCCUGCUCAGUCAGUCACUGGAUGCGGUGAUGCACCAGUCAUGGUCCACAUCUUUAAACUAAGGUUGUAGGAAAUUAAGGCACUCUGGAUAUUUUCCAGAUAUUGUAUGGUAAACAUUCGACAAAGGCCGCUAGUGUCAAAUGAUUCCUUCCCUAGAAUGGGUGGGGCCCUUAAAUUAUGUCUGGGCAAUUGGAGCAUAUGGGCUGAUCACUGAAGCAAUUGGAGCUGUGUAAGGAUUAAUAUUUGGAUCAUAUGUAAUGUUUAAUAAUGACCAUGGUAAGUCAGAUAAUGAAACCGAUGGACCAUUAUCUUAUUUUGUAAUGUAUAAGUGAUUUGAUUAUGUUUUAUUUAUUAAUGUAGUCUCAUAAAGGGUUGUGAAUAUAAUAUGUGAACAUAAUGAUAAAAUAUAUAAUAUCUUGUACAUUCUAUUUUUAUUAAGUUUUUACUUUAAAGUUAAUAUUGUAUAUAAAUUUAGGUCUUAAUGGUUCUAUUUAUGCAGCCCAUUCUCUUGAUUUACCUCAAAGUGCUAAUCUGACCAGAAAUGUAUGAACCCAAGCAACCCCACAGAACCUACCGUUGCAUAAAAAAUGUGGAUAUUUGGAAAGCCACUACUUGUCUUAGCACUUUGUUAUUUGUAUGUUGGAGACCAUAACGUACAAAAUAAGCCAUACUAGUUGAGAGGAUAGGCUGAGACAUUCUAGUUGAGAGAUUGGGUUGUAAAUGUUUAUUCUCUGUUGGGUGGCGAGUGCAUCAAGUUGUCACUCGUCACUAGCUCCAUGUGUUCGAGUGCAUCAAGUUGUCACUCGUCACUAGCUCCAUGUGUUGUUGGUAGUUUGAUUAUCAAAUAUCGAAAGCAGAUAUUAUUACUGUAUACACAAAAUGUCACCAAAGUUGCAUCAUAAAGCAUUCAUAGAUAAAUGAUCAAAGAAAGGGAAGAAGCAUUACGAGGCAGAAACGUGGAAAAAAAAGUGAUCACUUGUUAAUUUAUACAUUAAAGGUUGGACUAAACUAGUUGAAACCCUAAACCAUUCUGUCCUAUAGUAGUGUAAUUUUAAAUAAUGCCUUGUAAUGUACCAAAUUAUAAAAUUCAUCAAAUUUUCAAAGCCUAUUUUUCAUAAUCACUAUUCAUAUUAAAAUUAUCUAAUGUAGUUUUUACAAAUAAAUAUUAGUAUCACA